UCAAAGUGUGCAUUGACCAGUGAUGUGUCGUGGUUUCACCGCAACGAGUCCCGGCCAAAUAUCCUCUACACUGCGAAAUAUUGUCGUGUUCCUGUGUUUACAAGUUGGUUUAUGGUCAGUGUAGGGAGUGAACCCAAGACAAUGGUAUUUGGGUUGAUUUCAGUCCGAUUCGCGUUCAAUUCAGCACUGAAAUCAAUGAAAACCACCAGAUACCGAAAGCUUGACUUAUCUUGUAUUUCACUUCCCAUGAUCACUGAACUUUUAUUUCAGUGUACGAACUCUUAGUUCUUGCGUUUAAAAAUAUUUAAGUUUUGAUUAUUUCAUUGAAGUUUUGCGUGUUGGAUCUGAAUCAUUAUUCAUGUUGGCGUUGCCUCAAUCACCACUGUUUCCUCAGCUUCACAUGCUCAUAAGGUCCCAAAUUUUCUCCAAUUGAGCCUCUAACCACCUGUCAUCACUGGGAACUAUAAACUAGAGGAAUAUGUCAAGCACUAAUCCCAAAACAGACUGGAAGACUAGGGGUGCGGUUAGUAACAACGACGAAGAUUGGCGUGUGACAUCUCUUUCAGACAGACAAGAAAUUGCUCUGAGAGAAAAUCUAUUCACGGAUGUAUGUUUCAUCGUCGGGACGGAAGAAAAAAGAAUUCCAGCAAUCAGGAGUAUCUUGUCACUCGGCAGUUCAGUUUUUGCAGCCAUGCUAAGCGAGCGGUGGUCGUCUGAUGAAAGUGAAAUUGCAGUACCUGAUGUAGAGCCGGAUGCUUUCUACGAACUCCUAAGAUUCAUAUAUUGUGAGAAAGUUGCUCUCACGAAACUCAUAGUAUGGCCACUUUUUUACGCAGCUGACAAGUAUGAUGUACAGGCACUCAAGCUUAAGUGUAUUACGUUUCUGAAGACAUCCUUAACGCCCUCAGAUCUCUGUUAUUACCUACUUGAAGCAAGAUUAUUAGGAGCGACAGAUGUCAUGAACUUAUGCUUUGAGAGAUUAUCCACGGCGGCAACCUCUGCAAUAUUUCACUGCCCGCGUGACGACGAAGUCAAUUUCUGUUUUCACGACCUUGACGUAGAAACUAUCUGCUGCAUCCUGGAAAGGAAUAAAUUGGAAAUCGAAGAAGUUGAUUUAUUUAAAUCAAUUCUCGGAUGGGCAAAACUUGAAUGCCGAAGACAAAAUUUGAAAACGAACGUGAAAAAUAUGAGGCGAGUUCUGGAGCCGGUUCUACCGUUGAUCCGGUUCAGACUGAUGUCUCUCAAAGAAUUUACGGAGGUUGUUAGUAACUCAGGCAUCCUUUCAAUCGAGGAGGAACUAUCAAUUCUUACAUACUUGAUCUCCAGGCCUAGACCUGAAAACCUUAGACCAAUCCCUCGUUUCCAGAAAUCAAUCAAAAUUUUAAUCUGCGAUGAGAAGUCGAGAGAAAAUUACAAUGUACAGGUAAAUUGUUCAGACACGGUUGCAGAGCUGCGAAAGAAAUUAAAAGAUCGUGCGGUACCAAGAGAUGAUGUCGCGCGUCACGGAACGUCUUCUCACGAGCGUCCUCCCAGAGGUGAACGUCGUUGCGGGCCUCAGUACUAUGAAGAUGACACUCGUUGCAGACGUCCUUACUUUUGUCCUGCCCCUAUUCGAGUUGUCGCGACGACGGAUACCGGAGGCAUCGCGGAUACUGAUAUUUUAAAGCAUGAAAAUGUUUGUCUGGAAAAUUCUCGUCCGCUAUCAGAUUAUGGAAUUGGGAAUGAGUCAAUAAUUUUACUUCAAUCGGCACAAUCUCAACAAAUAAGACAAAUAAUACGAGAAGCUCGCCCAGGGGCAUUACAAAAUGAAGCGAAUAAGUUGACGCCUUGCAAUAAAAUUUAAAAUAAGAAGGAAACGGAAAAUCAUGGGCAAUUCUGUAAAAUUUGCAACACGUAACUAUAGCAGACACCCAAUAUUGGGGCCUACUGAAAUAAUAAAAAUUAAGGCCACGCGCUUGUUGUAACUGAAUGGCAAUUCUCAGCAGUCCUUCUUAUGCUUGCAUUGUCGUUCUUUUUUUUAUCGAAAUUAAAUGGUUUUUUUUUCAAUAAAACGUUUUCAACAUUUA